AUGAGCAUCGAGCCUCGAUUACAACCACAAGUCGACAUGACUUUCAAAAUUCUCAUUAUCGGCGAAUCUGCUGUUGGGAAGACGGCAAUAUUGGAGCGGUACUGCGACAAUGAGUUCCACGAGGAACUCAUUUCAACCAUUGGUGUCGAUUUCAAAUCGCGUGUGAUUAACUACAAAGGCAAAACGAUUAAAUUACAAUUAUGGGACACUGCUGGACAGGAAAGGUUCCGCAAUAUCACGUCGAGUUAUUACCGCGGUACCCAUGGAUGCCUGAUUGUGUACGAUGUCGAGGAAGUUACUACAUUUGAAAAAGUAUCGUAUUGGAUCGACGAACUUAAUGACUGCAACAUCAAACCCGAAAUAUUGGUUGUUGGGAAUAAAAUUGAUUCUGCGGACGCAGUUGUGACUGCAGAAAUGUCAGAGAAGUACUGUAGACUGAGUGGAGGUCUGCGGUCAAUGCGAUGCUCUGCAAAGACGGGGGAAAACAUUGACCAAAUAUUUGAGACGUUAGUCGAGGCGAUUUAUAACAACAAAAUUAUUAUGGAACGACUUGUUGCAACACCAAAACCUUUAGACAACGCAUCACUACAACCAACACAGAAAAAGGAAGGUUGUUGCUGA